AUGGGAAAAGGAAGAGCACCAUGUUGCGACAAAACCAAAGUGAAGAGAGGACCAUGGAGUCAAGAAGAAGACUUGAAACUCAUCACUUUCAUUCACAAGUGGUCUAAGAUUGCUUCUAAGCUACCAGGAAGAACAGACAACGAGAUCAAGAAUGUGUGGCAUACACAUCUCAAGAAAAGAUUGAGCUUGGUCGAGGCUAACCUUGAAGCGGCUUCAAAAGGAUCUUUGAAUGAAGAAGAGAUUUCUUCUCAUCAAGAAUCAUCUCCUAAUGCUUCUAUGUCCUUUGGUGGUUCCAACAUUUCAAGCAAAGAAGAAGAUGAUGAUGUAGAGAUAUGUCAAUUGUUUGAGUAUAUUCAACAAGAUUAUAGCGAAUUUACGGGGAUGUUACAAAAACCAGAGCUUCUUGAGAUACCUUUUGAUUUAGAUCCAGACAUUUGGAGUUUUAUAAAUGGUUCAGAAUCUUUUCAACAAGAUGAGAACAGUUUGACUUCAAUGGCUCCUCAAGAAGAUGAAGUUGAGAAAUGGUUCAAGCACCUUGAAACCGAACUCGGAUUAGAAGAAAAUGAUAACCAACAACAACAACAUAAACAGGGGACAGGAGAAGAGGAAGAAUCACCAUCAUCACUCUUGGAGAAGCAAUUUUUCUUUUUCUUGGUGUUCUUCAAAUCGUUGAACUUUCCGGGAACCACCGACGAAUUAGAGCUGGCCACUUGGCGCCGCAAAGUCCUGUCUUUUCAGGGCGGCGAAUCUCGUUUCCUAAGUGAUAUUUUCUCCCGCCAUUUCAAGACGCGACGAAUCUCGACAUUGCAAUGUUUGAAAAAGGUGGAAGAAGAAGUAGGAGCAAAAGUUCCCAGAUUGAGUGGAUGUUUCUCUCUCUCAGACCAUUGGAACCCGGAAAUCUCUUGUUUUGAUCAAAAUGGUUUCUCGCAAAUCAGUAGAGAAACUACGGGGAAAGCUGUGCAUGCGCUUUGUAUCAAGGGAUUGGUUCGCCUGAGUGUGCUGCACACCAACACUUUGAUUAAUAUGUACACGAAGUUUGAUAGAGUCAAACCCGCUCGCUACCUGUUCGAUGAAAUGCCUGUGAGAAACGAAGUUUCUUGGAAUACAAUGAUGUCGGGUCUUGUCCGUGUUGGAUUGUACCGGGAAGGGAUGGGUUUUUUCCGGAACAUGUGUGAUCUUGGUAUUAAGCCUAGUAGCUAUGUGAUUGCCAGUUUAGUAACGGCUUGUGGUCGCUCAGGUUCUAUGCUCAGAGAAGGGGUUCAAGUUCAAGCCUUUGUGGCUAAGUCUGGUUUGUUGUCUGAUGUAUACGUGAGUACUGCUGUUUUGCAUCUCUAUGGGGUUUAUGGAUUGGUUUCGUGUUCAAGGAAGGUCUUUGAGGAGAUGCCUGACCGGAAUCUGGUGUCUUGGACUUCACUGAUGGUUGGUUAUUCGGAUAAGGGUGAGCCAGAGGAAGUAAUUGAUAUCUAUAAAGGUAUGAGAGGAGAAGGAGUUGGGUGUAAUGAAAAUUCCAUGUCUUUGGUAAUCAGUUCUUGUGGACUACUUAAAGAUGAAUCCUUGGGGCAUCAAGUUAUCGGACAGGUUAUCAAAUCGGGACUGGAGAGUAAGCUCGCAGUGGAGAAUUCACUCAUAUCCAUGUUUGGUAAUCUGGGAAAUGUAGACUAUGCAAACUACGUUUUUGAUCAAAUGUCUGAACGUGACACAAUUUCAUGGAAUUCGAUUGCUGGGGCAUAUGCACAAAAUGGUCAUUUCGAGGAAUCGUUUUGGGUUUUCCAUUUGAUGCGUCAUUUUCAUGAUGAAGUGAAUUCCACCACCGUGUCAACUCUAUUAUCAGUCUUGGGUCAUGUGGAUUACCAAAAAUGGGGAAGAGCAAUUCAUUGCCUUGUUGUUAAGAUGGGGUUUGAUUCGGUUGUUUGUGUGUGCAAUACUCUUUUGAGAAUGUAUGCAGGCGCUGGAAGAUCGGAAGAGGCAGAGUUGGUGUUCCAACAAAUGCCUGCCAAAGAUUUGAUUACAUGGAACUCUUUGAUGGCUAGUUUUGUUGAGGAUGGGAGGAACUUAGAUGCUUUAGGACUUCUUUGUUCAAUGAUGCAGACCAGAAUAUCAGUGAACUAUGUGAGUUUUACAAGCGCAUUGGCUGCUUGCUUUAGUCCUGAAUUUUUCGACAAGGGCAGGAUCCUUCAUGGACUUGUACUGGUCUCUGGUUUAUUUGACAAUCAGAUUAUUGGUAAUGCAUUGGUUUUUAUGUAUGGAAAGAUAGGCAAGAUGAUCGAAGCCAGAAGGGUACUAUUACAGAUGCCUAAACGAGAUGAAGUAGCUUGGAAUGCUCUUAUCGGUGGCUAUGCUGAGAAUGAAGAUCCCGGCAACGCACUGAUGGCUUUUCGCACUAUGCGAAUGGAAGGUGUUCCUGCAAAUUAUAUAACAGUUGUGAGUGUUCUUGGUGCUUGCUUAAUGCCCAGUGAUUUGCUUGAACGGGGGAAGCCACUACACGCCUAUAUAGUUUCUGCUGGAUUUGAAUCAGAUGAACACGUCAAAAACUCGAUUAUCACCAUGUACGCUAAAUGUGGUCAUUUAAGUUCGAGUCAGGAUCUAUUUAAUAAAUUAGAUAAUAAGAAUAUCAUCACAUGGAAUGCUAUGCUUUCGGCAAAUGCUCAUCAUGGUCAUGGAGAAGAGGUGCUAAAACUUAUAUCAGAGAUGAGAAGCGUUGGGUUGAAUCUAGACCAGUUUAGUUUCUCUGAGGGACUUUCUGCAGCUGCGAAGCUAGCGGUUCUAGAGGAAGGCCAACUACUUCAUGGUUUGGCUUUAAAACUUGGGUUUGAACAAGAUUGUUUCAUCUUUAACGCAGCUGCAGACAUGUAUAGCAAAUGCGGGGAAAUAGAUGAGGUAGUGAAAAUGCUUCCUCCAUCAGCCAAUAGAUCACUCCCCUCAUGGAAUAUACUAAUAUCGGCUUUUGGUAGACACGGGUACUUCGAGGAAGUCUGUGAGACAUUUCAUGAGAUGCUUGAAAUGGGAAUCAAGCCGGGUCAUGUUACAUUUGUUUCUCUUCUUACAGCGUGCAGCCAUGGGGGAUUAGUAGAACAAGGCCUUGCGUAUUACGACAUGAUUGCUAGAGAUUUUGGUAUAAAACCAGCGAUUGAACAUUGCGUUUGUGUAAUUGAUCUUCUUGGGAGAUCAGGGAGGUUAGCUGAAGCUGAAACCUUUAUAUCCAAAAUGCCAAUGAAACCAAACGACCUAGUGUGGCGUAGUUUCUUAGCUUCCUGCAAAAUCUAUGGGGAUUUGGACCGUGGGACAAAAGCAGCGGAACAUCUCUCGAAGCUAGAACCAGAGGAUGAUUCUGUUUAUGUCUUGUCUUCAAAUAUGUUUGCUACAACAGGUAGAUGGGAAGAUGUAGAGAGUGUGAGGAAGCAAAUGGGUUUCAAGAAUAUCACGAAAAAACAUGCUUGCAGUUGGGUGAAACUAAAAGACAAAGUGAGUACGUUUGGUAUCGGAGACAGAACUCAUCCGCAAACAUUGGAGAUAUACGCAAAGCUAGAAGACAUCAAGAAGCUGAUCAAAGAGUCUGGGUAUAUAGCAGAUACAAGCCAGGCAUUGCAAGACACUGAUGAAGAACAAAAAGAACACAAUCUUUGGAAUCAUAGUGAAAGACUCGCUCUUGCUUAUGCGUUGAUGAGUACUCCUGAAGGUUCUUCGGUUAGAAUCUUUAAGAACCUCCGCAUCUGCGGUGAUUGUCACUCUGUUUACAAGUUAGUUAGUAGAGUGAUAGGACGUAGAAUCGUGUUGAGAGAUCAGUAUCGGUUUCACCAUUUUGAGAAUGGUGUGUGUUCUUGUAAGGAUUACUGGUGA